AUGGAGGACCUGAUCUGCUGGUGCACCACUUCAAAUGUGGAUCGUGGCGUUGGUAUGAGCAGGAUCUGCCUCUUCCACCGCCGCACUCAUUUUAAUCAAGGAGGGGCUUGCAAUCAACUGGAUAACAGAGAGGAUGAUGAGGCUAGGGCGGACAAGCUUUCUGCUUUCUGCUCCCGCUACUCCCCUGGACUGGAAAAAAAAUUGACUCCAAAGCAAUUUGUUACAAGAGGAAAAGGAACUGAACUGCCAUUUAGUGGGAUCUAUCUGAAUAACACAGAAUCGGGAAUGCACUACUGCGUGUGCUGCAACACCCCACCAUCUGGUUUCCUCUAUUGCUCAGAAAAGAAGUGCAAUUCUGGGACUGGAUGGCCGUCGCUUUCUGAGGCUUAUGGUACUUGUGGCAGAGAUGAAAUUAAUACCAGUAUCAUGAGAUGAACAGAUAACUCGUUGGGAUCAACUAGAACUUGCAAGCAAUGUGAUGCCCAUCUAGGCCAUGUGUUUGAUGACAGUCCCACACCUUCUGGGCAGAGGCUCUGUAUCAUCAGUGUCUCACUAAACUUCAAACCAGGCUCUGGUCAGUGA